GUCACAGCUCUUCUAUAACACGUCAUGAUUAAAACGUUCAGGGGACGACGUGCAGGGAACGUUUCUGAUGACGUACCCUGUGUAAUAUUUUUUAGAGCAGGAGAGAGAAUAUAGUGCGUACUGUAUGGAGAACUACAUUCCACAGCGGAGGGAUAUCAGCAGGCGCUGCUCGUGUGUCAGAGGUCCGGCCCUCACUAAUCACUGUACUAAAAACACUACUUUGUAACUUUGAGCACCGAUUCCGGUGAAACCGGAUCACGAUUUAUUCUAAAAUAUUCCCCCGCGGCUUCCUACGGUGUCCCUCCGCUGUUCGGCCGGAUCUCUCCGGUGAUUUCACCAAAUAAAUGCUGGAAAAAGCAUCCUCUGAGUCAUCUCCUUCAAUGCCCCCUAUAUUCAAGUUACCCUUACACCGUUUAGUUUAGUACACCAGCUUCGGUCCACCGGGAGGCGGAGGGGUUUAGGCCCGGAGCGGUGGGGGGGGGAUGGGAACUAGAACCGGAACCGAGCUCAACACGGCCGGAUUGGUACUGAACACCGACAGAGGAACCGACAGAGACCAGUUCGAAGACGUUACCGAGGUGUUGUACAGCGGCUCCGACCAGGACUCUGACUCUGGGGAUGACGAGGACACAUGCGUGGACAGGAGAGGCGUGAAGCGGGAGAGGAGCGAGCGGGAGGUCGGACAUCAGUCCACCUCCUCCGGUCACGCCGGGCUCCGCCCCGGGGCGCCGGGAGCCAAACCCGGCAAGAAAACCCGAGGACGAGUGAAGAUCAAGAUGGAGUUCAUAGACAACAAACUGAGGCGCUACACGACAUUCAGCAAGAGGAAGACAGGCAUCAUGAAGAAGGCGUACGAGUUGUCCACGCUCACCGGUACGCAGGUGUUGCUGCUGGUCGCCAGUGAGACGGGUCACGUGUACACCUUCGCGACCAGGAAGCUGCAGCCGAUGAUCACCUCAGAGACGGGUAAGGCUCUGAUCCAGACCUGCCUCAACUCGCCAGACUCUCCUCCGCGCUCCGACCCGACCUCCGACCAGAGGAUGAGCGCCACGGGCUUCGAGGAGACCGACCUCACAUACCAGGUGACCGAGGCCGAGGGGGGCCCCGAGGCUGUCAAGGAUGUGAUCAAACCAGCGUUCACGUCCUCCUCUUCCUCCUCGUCCACCGUGUCCAUGCAGGUGCAGACCGGCGCCCCCUCCUGGCAGCCCCCCCCCUCCUCCUCCAACGGGACGGUGUUGAAGACGUCGGCCGGGGUCAUGCUACCUGGAGGCUUCACCUUGAUGUCAGGUGUCUCGCUGCCCCCCGGCACACACACCAUCCCCCUCAGCCAGCUGCAUGGCCAGCCUCUGAGCAUCCAGGUUCAGACCUCCACCAAUCAGAGCAGCUCAGACAUCCACUCCACAGGUCUCUGUUUCUCUGCAGCCAGUCUUCCUGCCCCCGUGAUGUCGUCCUCUUCGUCCUCUUCAUCCUCUACAUCAGUGGCAGGUCACAUGAUGUACCCUGGCGGUCACACAGUGAUGUACGCGACACCGACAUCAUCACUGAGUGACAGCGGACUCACCGUCCUCAACACUUUCCCCCCGACAAGCCAGUCACAUGACCCAGGUUCUUUUCCUCAGGUCUUCUUCACCUCCCUUCCUCCGGUUGCUGCUCAGAUCCCCGUCUCUGCAGUCCAGCUUCACCCGAUGGUGAUCAGUCAGCAGAGCACCAGUAACCUGACGGAGUUGCAGCUCGUCAGUCUGGACGUCCACCAGUCAAAGGACAACUGACUGUCACAUGACUGUCUCUCUUCCUGUUUCCUGUUCAUUGGACGCUUCACACAGGAAGUGACGGAGACAUCUGAGAUUUCCACAAUAAAGUGUCAGAGAGUAUUUUGAGAAGAACAAACAUUCAAACUCUUCUCAAAUAUUCAGCUGUUAUUUAGUGAUGAUGUCAUUGUGAACACACUCACCUGUGUGUUCACGAUGACAUCAUCUAUCUGUUCUCUCUGUCACAGUAUGAUGUCAUCAUUUUAAAACAGGAAGUUCAGUCAAAAUCAUGUUGACUUCAGCUUCCUGCUGCACCAGGUUCAGGAUUCAAUGUGAGCAGGUUUAACAUGGACCUCGUCAGACCUGCAGGACCUCGUCAGACCUACAGCACCUCGUCAGACCUGCAGGACCCCUGCAGGACCUCGUCAGACCAACAGGACCUAGUCAGGACCUCGUCAGACCUGCAGGACCUCGUCAGAACUACAGGACCUCGUCAGACAAGCAGGACCUUGUCAGACCUGCAGGAACUCGUCAGGACCUCGUCAGACCUGCAGGACCUAGUCAGGACCUGACUUAUCUUGUAGCCCUAGUUCAGUCCUCAGCUGUCUGACCUCGUGUUUAUUUAUUCAUACAGCUGUUGAAGAAAUCUAUCAAUCAAUAAUAAAAAUAAAAUAAAGUAUUUUAUUCACUGAGUCUGGUGAUCAGGUCUAAAAUAUGAUGGUAGUAUUCUGAAUACCAGAAUAUUCUGAUAUAAAAAAUACUAGAUUACUCUAAAUCAGCGGUUCCCAAACUUUUUAAGCCACGC